AUGGCGCCCUCCCGCGGGGGUCCGCGAUGUGGGGCCUGCGGGCCGCGCGCGCUCGGGGGCCGCCAAGCCUCGCGAGGCCCGCCGGGGCGCAGCCCCGCCCCCCGGGUUCCGGCCGAGCCCGCCGCCGCCCCCGCGGCCGCCAAGCCUCGCGAGACCCGCCGGGGCGCAGCCCCGCCCCCCGGGUUCCGGCCGGGCCCGCCGGCCGCGCCCGGCCGCGCCAAUAGCGAUGUGGGGCCGGCGGGCCGCGCGCGCUCGGGGGCCGCCAAGCCUCGCGAGACCGGGGCCGAGCGGGGUCGCGGCCGGGCGUCAUCGGGGGCGUCACCGGGGGCGCCGGGCGGGAGGCGCGGGCCGGCUGUCGGGGCGGCGUGCGCGUCUCCCGCGGCGGGCGGAGGCCGCCAGAUGCCCGGCAAGCGCCGCGGGGACGAUGAGGACCCCCGCGGGCCCAAGCGGCGUCGCGGGCGGCCCCCGGGGCCCAAGGCCGGGCUGUCGGCGGCCGCGAGGGCGGCGGUGGUGGAGGCGGCGGCGGCCUGGGCGGCGGCCGAGGCCUCGCCGGGCGGCGCGGACGCCGUGGGCCUCCUGCUCCCGGGCCAGACGCGGGUGAAGCGGCGGCGGCGGGUCAUGGCCCUGGAGGACAAGAUGAAGAUCCUGGAGAAGCUGGAGGAGGGCGCGAGCAACACGGACGUGGGGCGCCUGUUCGGCGUCCACGAGUCCACCGUGCGCACCAUCAAGAGGAACGAGGCGGCCAUCAGGGCGAGCAUGGAGAGCGUGUCGCCCGUCUGCGCCAAGGUGCUGUGCGUGCCCCGCGACGCCAACAUCGAGAAGAUGGAGACCGCGCUGACCUUCUGGGUGGAGGACCAGACCAUCGGGGGGCGGCCCCUGACGCUCAAGGCCAUCUGCAGCCAGGCCAAGCGCAUUUACAAGCAGCUGGUGGAGACCACCGGCAAGGGCAACCCCGACAAGUUCCAUGCGAGCAAGGGGUGGUUUGAGAAGUUCAGACACCGCUACAGCCUGCGGAAUUCGAGGCUGAUGGGGGAGGAAGAGCCGCUGGAUGCCCAGUCGGCGCCCAGGUAUUCCAAGCAGGUCCAGAGACUGAUCAGGGCCAGAGGCUACGAGCCGCAGCAGGUCUUCAACGCCGAGGAGACGAGCCUGUUCUGGAAGUGCAUGCCCUCGCGUACCUUCAGGGAAAAGGACAAGAACCCCGAAAGCUUAGAGGAAGCCAAGGACAGGAUCUCCCUCAUUUUCUGUGCCAAUGCCGCCGGCGACAAAAUGAUCAAACCCUUGCUGCUUUAUAAAGACCCCAAUCCCGCCUGUCUUCUGGAAAAAGACAAGAAGCGCCUUCCUGUGUUCUGGCGGUCACACCCCAAAGUGUCACUAACCGCGGCCCUCUUUUUGGACUGGUUUCAUAACUGUUUCAUCCACCAGGCCCGGAGUUAUUUGAUAGAAAAAAAUCUCGAGUUCAGGGUGUUGCUGAUUUUGGACAGGGGUCCCAACCACCCAGACUCCUUAUUCUUUGCUCACCCUAAUGUUGACAUUGUGUUUCUCCCUCUGGAAGGCACUAGCUACCUUCAGCCGUUGGAUCAGGGUAUAAUUGAAGCAUUCAGGAGGUACUACACCAAGCAUAUGUUCGACCACUUUGCCGACUGUAUUGAAAAAAACCCUUGUCUUACUUUGAAAGAAACGUGGCAACAGUACAACAUUGCUGAUGCUUUGGUGGUGAUAAAAGAGGCAAUGGAUGACAUAAAACCGGCUGCCCUUAAUAAAGCCUGGUGGAAACUUUGGGAUGAUGUUGUGAACGAUUAUGCGUGUUUCCCCAGAGCUAAUGAAGAAGUUGCAAAAAUCAUAGAGUCUGCAAAACGGAUGGACUUUAAAUUCCUUGACAUCGAAGAGGGUGAAAUUAACGAGCUGCUCAAGUUUCAGGCUUUGGCCAUAACCGAGAGAGAGUCUGCGUCAGUAAACACAGAAGAAGACAAGUCCCCGGAACCGGAGGUAAAGAUGAAUCUGAGGAAAUUGAAUGCUGUCUUACGCCAGGCCUCAGACCUCAUUGAUGCUGCAAUCGAUAUGGAUCCUUUCCUGGACCGAAGUUUGGCCUUUAAAAAAGACUUCAAUAAAUUGUUAUAUACUUACAAAGAGGUGCAAAAGAACCUACAAAAUAAAGCAAAGGGGUUGAAGAAAGAAAAUGAAGACCCGAGCAAAGAGGAGGAAAUGUGGACAAAGGAGAUGGAUACAGAAUCAGAGUCUGAAGGGGAGUCUGAAUCUGAAUCUGAAUCUGAGCCUGACUCUGAAUCUCAUAACGAGGAGAAGGUAGAGGGAAAGAGGGAGGAUAAGAAGGCUCCAGAAGAAGAUCCUGGACCCUCUGGCAGUGGCACUGAGACUCUUACUAUAUCUGAAGAAUCUGCCAAAGUCAUAAAUGCAGAGUUGGACUUUUGGAAUCUAACCCUGGAAUUGAAUCUGGAGAGAGUAGAAGUGCCUGAGUUAAAGGAAGAAGAGAAUCCAGAGGCAGUUCCUUCCAAAUGAUAGCUCAUGUCUUGCCAUUCUUCCCUUGUUGCCCCAACAUCCACCUUCAUCAUGACCAUCCUUACCAUCACCAGCCACACAUCCGUAUCAUUUAGUCAUUCAACAGACAUUUAUUGAGCAUAUGCUGUGUGGGGUCCUGUGCUAAACUUGGGGACAUCAUCUCAGGAAAUCAUCUCAGGAUCUAAGGGCUAUCUUGGAUAAGAAGCUGGCUGCCUCUGUGAACAUCCUGCCCAAGGCAUCCUCGCUGUACUUCUGGAAUGGAGAAAUCGAAGAAGCCACUGAGAUCCUGUUGCUAAUAAAGACAAAGACUUCCAAGGUCCACGU